AUGGAGGGAGAGAAGAAGAGAAAGAGGGCAGAGGACGACCAAGUGGGCGGCGGGAGGAGGAAGGAGAUGAGAGAGGUGGAGGCGGAGGGGGAGGCGAUGCCGACGGAUGAAGAGGUGGACGAGUUCUUUGCCAUCUUACGGAGGAUGCAGGUGGCGGUUAAGUACUUCAAAAAGGGUGGUCGUAACGCGGCCGCCGGCCGUAAGUGGACGGGGAGGUGGGCAACCGAGUUAGAGGCUGAAGUUUUAGCCGGAGUUAACGGUGGUAAGGCUGCAGAGGAGAGAUCAGCUUGCGGGGUGCAGAAGAAGAACGGCGCUUUGGACCUUAACGCCGUUCCGGAGGCUGAAAGCAACAGUAUGGGUUUCUCCUUUUCUUUGUUUGUCAGGGCAAAAUUUUUGCUGAUAAAUGAGUAG